UUCGGGGAGCUGGCCGGGGGGACGACGGCUGAGUGCUCGGCGAUCGCCUGCUGCUGCCCCUGCGGCCUGGCGAACCUCCUCUUCCUCACAAUCUACAAGGUCCCCGUGGGGCUCUGCCGGAAGGCCCUGCGGCGGAAGCGGCGGCAACACCUGAUGAAGAAGGGGCUCCUCCUCCCGCGCGCCCGCCGCUGCCAGUGCGGCUGCGACAACACCGAGGUCCAGAUCCACCCGAUCCACGGCGACCCGCAGUCGUUCGACCUGCAGAUGAUGAUGGGGAUGCACAUGGAGGACUUCGACGACGCCGGCGGGGAAGAGAUGAUGAAGCUGGAGAAGGAGAUGUGGGAGACUUUCUACGACACCGGGUUCUGGAGGAGCCCGUCGCAGCAGGAGGAGAACGGAAUCCCCUCUGUCGCCGCCGCUGCCGCCGCCGCAGAAGCUUCAUCCAAGCAUAAAAAAUUGUAA